AUGGCGGCAACAACAAAUUUGACAACAACGCUUUGCAAGUCCUUCAAAUACCCGAUUAUUGUAAUUCUUGGAAGUACUGGAGUAGGAAAAACAAAGCUAAGUAUAGAACUUGCUAAAAAAGUUGAUGGGGAGAUAAUAAGUGCAGAUUCCAUGCAGGUUUACAAAGGUUUAGACGUUGUCACUGCUAAAGCUACCCAGGCAGAGAGAGCAGAAAUCAAACACCAUAUGAUCGAUAUGGUAAACCCACUAGACAGUUUUAGUGUUGUAGAGUUUCGAAAUAUGGCCUUGCCAAUCAUCAGUGACAUAUCGUCAAAAGGAAAAGUGCCAAUCAUUGUUGGUGGAACAAACUAUUACAUCGAAUCUCUUUUAUGGAACAUUUUGGUUACGGAGGAUUCAGGGAACCAAAAAACAUUAGCCAGCGAUUUGGAAGACACUUCUCCAAAUCUCUCCAAAAUUGACUUUGAAGUUUUGAAAGACCAGUCAAUUUACAAGUUUCUUCAAAGUAUUGAUCCUGUUGCUGCAUCCAAAGUUCAUCCAAAUGACAGUAGGAAAGUGAAAAGAAAACUGGAAAUAUGGAAGGCAACUGGAAAAAAGCCAAGUGAUGUAAUUGUUGAACAACAGUCUUUAGAUGGAGGCGACCAUCUUGGAGGGCCUUUGAGGUUCACAAAUUCACUUGUUUUCUGGCUAUCGUGUGAGCAAACAGCCCUUGACAAAAGAAUAUGUGACAGAGUUGAAAGCAUGCUAGCCAAUGGUCUAGUUGAGGAAAUUUCAGGAUUCUAUGAUGAUUAUAAUUCAAAAUUUUUAACCAAGACACCAGGCUUUAUUCCAUACAAAGAAGGUAUUUUUCAAGCCAUAGGUUUUAAAGAAUUUCAUAACUUUUUGACAAGUAAAUUUGAUAAUGACAACAAGAAAGAGGAAUUGUUUAAAGAAAGCAUUGAAACUUUGAAGAGGGUAACUAUAAGAUAUUCCAAAAAACAAAAUACUUGGAUAAGGAACAGGUUUUUAAAGCGUCCAAGCCAUUCAUCACCCAACGUCUACAAGCUUGAUGCUAGUGUAAUUGAACAAUGGAAUGAAACAGCAUUGCAACCAGCCUUGGAAGCAGCAACUUUGUUUUUAUCAGGAAAGAAAAUCCAGCUGUCACCAAUGCCACGGCUAUUUAAAGACCAAGCAGAAGAUCAACAUAAGCAGUAUUUUUGUGAAACUUGUAAUGGAAAGCUUAUUGUUGGAGACAGUGUAUGGAAACAGCACUGUCAAUCAAGAAAACACAAGAAGAGAUCUGCUAAGAGGAAAAAGCUUGAAGCCUUAGAUGUAAAAACUGUUUAAUUUCACCAUUGGUGAUUAAUUUAUUGUUUGAUACUGCACUCAAGUCUCUUAAUGAUGUUCGAAUACGGGUACUCAUGAAGUCCCAAUAUCAAAUAAAAAGAGAUUCCAAUAUUGACAAAUCAUUAUAUAGGCAGAGCCCUUUUUACACUACGAAAAAUAUUUAUAGGUUCGCCCAGAGUAAGUUAACUAUUGUUAAAACAACCAUAGAAAAGGAAACUGGGAGCUCCACUGGCAUGUGCCUUCCAAUGUUCAGAAACAGAGGUUAAGUGACCUAUUUGUUGCAGCUUGAGAAGUACCCCUUUUUGGCCUCCACCAGCUUCUACUUUUAUAACGCUGCCUAAAUUGUUCAUUUAACACAGUGGCCCUUACCCUACACAAAUUCCAAGAGGGGUGUAAAUGAGAAAGUGGGUAACAUUCGCUUUUUCACUGAAACCAGUUAAGAUAAAGAAGAAUUCAUCAUCAGUAAACCAGGCUCAGACCAUUCUAACAUUUACAUUACAAUUAACAAUCUUAUGCAUGUUCCACCCUCUUUCAGAAAUAGGUUAUCUUAACCUGUGUCCAACUAGGAUAGGUUGUGUAUACACAAGUUCUUCUGGGUAGGCUAAUUAGCGCAGUGUGCACAGGGCUUAGAAAGUCAUUGUUUGUAGGGUUUUGACAAUGAUAUUUUCCAAAUGCUGAUGGUCCUUCUUAAUUGGCCUUCAAUAGUGAAAUUCUUCUGAAACACCACUACCAUCAUCAGUUUGAGUUAUGCUUUAUUUUCUAGUCUACCAACAAUAGCCCCUGUCUGAAUGUUAAACUGUUUUCAAUCUUGUAUGAUUUUCUGAACGAUGUCCCUUAUCAGACAUCAUCUAAA